GUUUCGGCUAUCCUUGCUCUCGUCGCGUGGAACGUGAUUUGUUUCACCGGUAAAACAACCGCGGCAAAGUUCAACCGGACACAAAUCGAGAAAAAACGAGCUCUCAAUUGGGUUGCUCGAUCUGCCAACCAGUUUUCUUUCGACCAAUUCCAGCGACUUUUCCACAAUGUAUCUGGCAACGUUGUUUUCGCUUCCUGCGAAUCUUUCAUUUCGCUUUCGAUGGCACCAUAUGGAUCCCAGAGAAAUGCUUUACAAGAAUUGCGCACGAAUGACCCACUUCCAGCUGAUCCUGUCGACAGGCAACUCGGAUUGGAGGCUCUCGUUGAGAAAAUCGAUAGCUACAAAAGUCCCAACUUCGAUUGGGCCAAAAAGGUUUUCCAUCGCGUGGAUUCCGAGACGGGAGCCGAACUCAGAGUCGCGAUGAAAGAUCAUUAUUUACAUGCCGAAUCGCAAGGUCUUGAUUUCAAUAACUCAACCGAAGCCAGUGGAGUCAUCGAUGAAUGGGUGGAAACUACUACUCGAGAUCGCACCUCUAAUCUCGUUAAAUCUGAUGAUUUAACAGCUGACGUGUCUGCGGUUCUUGUCAAUGCCGUUUACUUCAAGGGUGUCUGGUUCAGACCAUUCACCCCUACAGGUGACGAUGUUUUCCACGUCAACAGCUCGAAGCAAAUCAAGAUUCCGUUCAUGAGAAAACUCGACUUUUUCGAGUACGGCGAAUUGCCCAGAGUCGAUGCUGAGUUCAUCAGAAUACCGUACGAGAUCAAUGGCUCGGAAAAUGAAAUCAGCAUGUUCAUCAUACUUCCGAAACUGGUGGAUGGAAUUGCAGAGCUGGAAAGAAAAAUAAAAAAAGUCAAAAUAGCUCAGCUUCUCCGUGGUAAACUACAAGAGAUAUUGCUCUCCAUGCCAAAAUUCACUAUUAAGAAUGAAAUCUCGAUCGACGAACCCUUGAAAAAUGCACAGUUCAUCGAUAUGUUUACGAGCGUCACUGGCCGUUCGCAAGCUUCGAACGUAUCGUCUCAGAGGCUUAGUAAGUUCGUACAGAAAGUCGUCAUCGAAGUGGACGAGAAAUCAGGUUUCCGAGGCAUAAAUGCGAGUCCUCUACCAGGAACGCCGAAAUUAUCAAUAAACCAUCCGUUCAUUUUCAUCGUCGCAACAACGAGCGGGAUUCCUGUAAUUCUCUUCACCGCUCGCUACACUGGCUCUGAUUAUGAAAAUGUAUGAAUAAUUUUUUCCAUAUAUUUCAUUUUCUCGAACGGAACGUACAUUUUAUUUGAAUUUAAAAAAUAUCCAUUAAUUUAAUUAGA